AUGCCCGACCCUUCCAACACGCUGCCCAAUACGGCGAUUGUUCCUGGUCCACUCCCCUUCUCCCUCGUAUAUACAGAUACCGUUGGGAUGAACAACCACGUCAACGCCAUGAACCUUCGCCUUGACCACGAGGUGGUCGUCAAAGCACCCUCCGAGCUCCUUUCCUUGUCUGUCCAAUUUCUCGACGUCACCAAACGGGUCUUCACCGACACUCGCAAAUAG